AUGUACUUUCACACAUUCGGGUUUACAUUACUUGUAAUAUUGGGAUUGGCGUAUGCUCAAAUCCCGGUAGCAAAAAUCUUGAAUUAUCACAACAACCCUAGAGGGAGAGGAUACGAUUUUGGCUUUACAUCAAGCGACGCUAUCGUACGUGAAGAAUCAGGAAACUGGGAGGGAAGCGGUAGGCUAGGAGAGAAUGGAGAAGAACUUGGUACCAACAGAGUGAGCGGUUACGCUUUCCAUUAUUUCCCUGAUGGAACACCAUUUCAGAUUUCCUACGUCGCCGAUGAAUUUGGUUUCAGACCAAAGUUCACUAUUGGUUCAACUUCAAAACAGUAA